AUGAAAAGAAGCUGGGAAAAGGUUAAUCUUCAUCUAUCAAAGCGACAUUCUUCCUCACUCGCCAGUUUAAUUUCCCUAAUACCAAACCCGGAUUCAUCAAAAAUUUCCCGCCAAAGUUCAGUAUACGACACCUUCAAGAAGUCCAUCAGCACUUCAUCUCCUGAUCAGUUGGAGGGACUGAUCGAUCCCCGUUUUAAUCCUCCACAAAGCAAUUCGGAUCCUCAAAGAGAUUCUGGGAUUGCGGCCAAUUUGGCAGAAGAAUUUGCAGUUUUGCAGGGUUCGCUGUCCGUGGACAAGUCCGCAUCGCGUAAGUGUUCAGAUGUAGAUGUUAUUUGUAAUGCAAUUAGAGAUAACGGCGCGGAUUUUGGUGAUAAAACCCAAAAAUUUCUUAGUAAGUUUAGGGAGAAACUGAGUGAGUCACUGGUGGUUGAUGUGUUAAGGUUACUUCAAAAUGCUGAAUUGGGUGUAAAGUUUUUCUUAUGGGCAGGUAGACAAAUUGGGUAUACUCACUCAUUAGCUGUUUAUGACACUUUAUUAGAUAUAAUGGGAUGUAAUAAUGCUGAUAGAUUAUCCGAUCAUUUUCUUAGGGAGAUUAAAGAUGAUGACGAUAAAGAAGUUCUUGGAAAACUUCUUAAUGUAUUGAUUCGGAAGUAUUGUCAAAAUGGUUCAUGGAAUGUAGCACUCGAGGAGCUAGGUAGGCUUAAAGAUUUUAGAUACAAAUCUUCUAAAGUGACCUACAAUGCUUUGAUGGAGGUGUUUCUGAAAGCAGAUAAACUGGAUACGGCCUGUCUCAUUUACCAGGAGAUGGCUGAUUUAGGUCAUAAAAUGAAUGCACAUACUUUGGGUACUUUAGCAUAUUCUUUGUGUAAAGCUGGGAAAUGGAAGGAGGCCCUUGAUAUGGUAGAUAAAGAAAAGUUUGCUCCUGAUACUGUAUUAUAUACUAGAAUGAUAGGUGGGUUAUGUGAAGGUUCAUUCUUUGAAGAGGCUAUGAAUUUUUUGGACCGAAUGAGGUCUGAUUCUUGCGUUCCUAAUGGUUUGACAUAUAAGACUUUGCUUUGUGGGUGUUUGAAUAAAGGGAAGCUGGGUAGAUGUAAGAGAAUUCUUGGUAUGAUGAUUGCCGAAGGUUGUUACCCGAGUCCUAAAAUAUAUAAUUCUCUUGUUCAUGCUUUCUGUAAAUCAGAAGAUUUUAAGUACGCAUAUAAGUUGCUUAAAGAAAUGGCUAGAUAUGGUAUCCAACCUGGUUAUGUAAUUUAUAACAUAUUUAUUGGUGGGAUUUGUGGAUCCAAGGAGCUGCCAGGCCUUGAUAAGUUAGAAUUGGCUGAAAUGGCUUAUGGUCAAAUGCUUGAGUCAGGGUUUACAUUGAAUAGAAUCAAUGUCAGCAAUUAUGCUCAAUGUCUUUGUGGGGCUGGAAAGUUUGAUAGAGCUUACAAUGUUAUUCGUGAAAUGAUGAGCAAGGGUUUUGUACCCGACGCCAGUACUUACUCCAACGUAAUUAGUUUCUUGUGUGAUGCUUCCAAAUUUGAGAAGGCUUUUUGGUUGUUCAAAGAAAUGAAAAAGAAUGGUGUUCUUCCAAACGUUCAUACUUAUACAAUGUUGAUUGAUAGUUUUUGUAAAGCUGGCCUACUUUUGCAGGCUCGCAACUGGUUUGACGAAAUGGUUACGAAUGGUUGCUCUCCAAAUGUGGUCACUUAUACUGCACUUAUGCAUGCUUAUCUUAAAGCUAAGAAGAUAGCGGAUGCGAAUGAGUUAUUUGAGAUGAUGUUGUCAUGUGGUUGCUCUCCAAAUGUUGUCACAAUCACUGCUCUAAUCGAUGGUCACUGUAAAGCUGGUGAAGUUGAAAAAGCGUUGCAGAUCUAUGAAAGAAUGAAGGGUAAAGAAAUUCCAGAUGUAAACAAAUACUUUAGGGGAAAAGAAGGCAACACAUUGGAGCCAAAUGUUGUAACAUAUGGAGCUUUGGUGGACGGUUUGUGCAAAGUGCAUAAAGUUGACGAGGCAUGCAAACUUUUGGACGUGAUGUCUCUUGAAGGUUGCGAACCUAAUAAUAUCGUGUAUGAUGCUCUUAUUGAUGGGUUGCUUAAGGAUGAGAAGCUAGCGGAAGCACAAGGGGUGUAUUCAAGAAUGUGUGAGCGUGGGUAUAGUCCAAAUGUUUUUACUUACGGAUCUAUGAUUGACAAGAUGUUUAAAGAUAAUCGUUUGGAUCUUGCUUCACAAGUAUUGUCCAAUAUGCUAGAAAAAUCUUGCCCCCCUAAUGUUGUAAUCUACACAGAGAUGGUUGACGGGCUUUGCAAAGUUGGGAAGACGGAUGAAGCCUAUCGUCUCAUGGAGAUGAUGGAGGUAAAAGGGUGUAAACCAAAUGUUGUAACUUAUACGGCCAUGAUAAAUGGUUUUGGGAAAAUGGGCAAAGUGGAAAAAAGUCUUGAAAUCUUUAGACAAAUGGGUAGCAAAAGUUGUGCUCCAAAUUACGUCACGUAUACGGUUCUAAUUCACCAUUGUUGUGUUUCUGGUCUUUUGAAAGAAGCUCAUGAGCUUCUUGAGGAGAUGAAACAAACGUAUUGGCCCAAGCAUAUGGCAAGUUACCGCAAGGUCAUUGAAGGGUUCAACCGGGAGUUUUUGAUUAAUCUUGGUCUUUUAGAUGAUAUAAGUGAGUAUGAUUCUGUGCCCAUUAUUCCAGUUUACAAACUUCUGUUUGAUAGUUAUAGAAAGGCUGGAGAGUUGGAAGUAGCGUUGGAGUUACUUAAAGAGAUCAGCUCGUUAUGUUCCUCAAUAGACAAAUCUCUGUAUUUUUCGUUAAUUGAGAGCCUCUCGGCUUCACACAGGGUCGAGAAAGCUUUCGAGUUAUAUGCAGAUAUGAUUAGCAAAGGCGGUGUUCCUGAACUGAGCGUCUUUGUCAACCUUGUCAAAGGUCUUGUAAAAGUUAAUAGGUGGGAGGAAGCAAUUCAACUUUCUCAGAGCCUAUGUUAUAUGGAUAUUCAAUGGCUUCGUUAUGAUGACAUGAAUGAAAAGAAGUAGGGCCUGCACUUUUGCUCAUGAUCUUACUCACUCAGCCACACAAUGUGGCCCAAAUGGACAUUAGGUGUGAGGGCCAUACAUGUCGGCAUGACACAAGGAUGAGGAGAUGCACUUAUGAGUUAGGAAAAUCUCCGGUGGCCCUGAGGAAACUCGAACCGGCGAAAAAUGGGAGGAGCCCCAAUGCCUAUUCUGUAUUUGCUAGUUGAG